AUGAGGGUGUCAGGUUUUAAUCUUACACUGCCGGAGCCAUUUUUGCGCACGCAAGAGCUGGUGGGCUCGCAUGCGCUCAUGACUUACCCAAUGCACAGCCCCGCCAUUAUCUUGGAUGCCUACCACAGUGGCCGGGACUUCUCCGCGGAGGAAGCGAAUGAGCUGCGCGAGGAGUACCUCUCAAUCCUGGAUGGCAACUGCAGUGACCGAAAGAAGGAGCACUUCCUGCUGAAGAAUCUGGUAAGGCCCAUCAUGAAGAGCUUCAAUGCAUUGACGGACACACACGCCUUCAUUGAGGUAAGCACCCCUUCAAGGCACUUUGAAGUUACUAGUGAGAUGUUCGCCAUCGGCAGGCUGGCUAUGUGCAAGGUGCAAGAUCCCUGGUUUGACGAGACCAUCUCACGUCUCCAAUGCUAUGUCCUCAACACCCCGUUGGGACUCCUCGUGGUGGAUGCGUGGUCAGUCUGCGGCACUUACGUGACGCAGCGAGACGGGCGUGGCAAAUUGCCAAAAUCAACACCAGAAUCUGGAAGGAAGCCCUUCUUAAUGCCACAUGGUGAGAGCUUUCUGCUGCACAUCGGAGAUCGAGCAAGGGGUUCAGAUGUGCGCAUUACCAGCACCCCCUACGUGCCCUCAUCGUCAUCUGAGUGCUCAAACGAGUCAUGCGACUCUUUGGACAUGGGUCGGUCUGGGUAUGAUAGGUAUGAUGGGUAUGACGAAACCACGCGUUCGGGACGCGGGCAAUUCGACUCCAACUCUGGCGCUUCGGAUUUGCAUUCUGGAUGUCAAGCCCCCCCAUCCCCACCCCGUGAUGGCAGCACGCACGCUGAUGUGCCGGCAUCCAGCCAUGCAAUUGGUGGCCUCAACUGCCAGAAGAUCAUAGAGUUUGUGACCGCCACGGCCGUGCCAUUGGCCAUGGCGAUUUUUAAGAACAGCAAGGAAGGUGACAACGCCGAGGAAGGAGGAAAAACAGACAGCAAAGGAAUCAAGCUGCACUUCGCAGGACUUACCCUCGAAGUGGAUGCCGGCGAGUUCCACUGGUCCACUAUCGCGGUUCUCCUGAUGGCUUGGUUGCUCUUGGGGGCUUUGUGGACUCGUCGCGGUAGCCAGCAAAGGGAGGCCGACCCAGUAGUAGGGCAGAGAGAUGUGAAGGGCUUGGGCAAAGUGGAUCUUCAUCGUGGGCCCAUGGGCGGUGUUUACUAUGUCAACCAAUCCGGACGCAAGAUGUAUGUUUGACCAGGUCGACGCCUACAAAUUGUCCACCAGAAAGCUGUUCCUCUGUCAGGCCUGGGAGUUGCGGAUACGGACUAAGCUUUGGGAGUCGGGCGAAGUGCGCGAUGAGCACGGAGUCAGGGUUACAUUCUGCAAUUGGCUUCCCGGCCAUCUCGGAUGCCAAAGGCAUGAGGCUGGGAGCGCGAACCGCAAUUUCCAUGACCUGCGAGGUGAAAAGCUGGGAAGUGGGCAAAUUCUGGCGGGCUGAGGUCUCGCAGGUUUGGGG